AUGGAGCUGCGCUCGGAGCUGCCCAGCGUGCCCAGUGCGGCGACAGCAGCAGCGACAGCGACGGGACCUCCCGUGGCAUCAGUGGCGUCUGUGGCCGCGGCAGCAGCCGCCGCAGCAUCGCUACCAGUGAGCGUGGCCGGGGGCUUGCUGCGGGCGCCGCCCUUGCUGCUGAGGGCAGCGGAGAAGUACCCGCGGACCCCCAAAUGCGCGCGCUGCCGCAACCACGGAGUGGUGUCCGCGCUCAAGGGCCACAAGCGCUACUGCCGCUGGAAGGACUGCCUGUGUGCCAAGUGCACGCUCAUCGCCGAGCGCCAGCGCGUCAUGGCGGCACAGGUGGCGCUGCGCAGGCAGCAGGCGCAGGAGGAGAACGAGGCGCGCGAGUUGCAACUGCUGUAUGGCACUGCCGAGGGCCUGGCGCUGGCCGCCGCCAACGGCAUCAUCCCACCGCGACCCGCCUAUGAAGUCUUUGGUUCAGUGUGCGCCACCGACACCGGGGGCCCCGGAGCUGGAGCACCCGCGGGGAGUGCUGGGGGCGCAGGGGGCACAGGGGGCGCAGAAGCCAAGCUGCAGAAGUUUGAUCUGUUUCCCAAGACGCUGCUUCAGGCCGGCCGCCCCGACAGUCCGCAGCCGCAGCCAGGGAAGCCCUUGUCGCCCGACGGCGCGGACUCGGGUCCCGGGACCUCGUCCCCAGAGGUGCGGCCCGGCUCAGGCUCGGAGAACGGCGACGGCGAGUCCUUUUCGGGGUCGCCUCUGGCCCGGGCCUCCAAAGAGGCAGGAGGCAGCUGUCCUGGUAGCGCGGGCCCUGGCGGUGGUGGCGAGGAGGACAGCCCCGGCUCCUCCAGCCCCCUGGGUUCCGAAUCGGGGUCGGAAGCUGACAAAGAAGAGGCAGAGGCCGCACCGACUCCGGGGCUGGGCGGCGGCCCCGGUCCGCGGCAGCGGACGCCGCUGGACAUCUUGACGCGCGUCUUCCCGGGCCACCGGAGAGGCGUCCUGGAGCUGGUGCUGCAGGGCUGCGGCGGCGACGUGGUGCAGGCCAUCGAGCAGGUGCUGAACCACCACCGCGGAGGUUUGGCGGCCGGCCUGGGCCCCGGCGCGCCUCUGGAUAAGGCCACGGUGAGCGCGGCCGUCGCGGUGGAGGACGCGUGGCCCGGGCGCGUGGACGCCGCAGCCGCCGGGGGUCCCGGGCUGCCCGCUCCACUGCAGACCGGGCCCGCCGCGCCCCCGCACCACAGACCCUUGCUGGCCGGGGCCAUGACGCCGGGCGCACUGGGUUCGCUCAGCAGCCGCUCGGCCUUCUCGCCGCUGCAGCCCAACGCCAGCCACUUCGGUGCCGACGCGGGCGCCUAUCCUCUGGGCGCGCCGCUCGGCCUGAGCCCGCUGCGCCUGGCCUACUCGGCGGCGGCGGCCCACAGCCGAGGCCUGGCCUUCAUGGCGCCCUACUCCACCGCCGGCCUGGUGCCCACGCUCGGCUUCCGGCCGCCCAUGGACUACGCCUUCAGCGACCUCAUGCGCGACCGCUCGGCCGCCGCUGCCGCCGCGGUGCACAAGGAGCCGGGCUACGGGAGCGGGCUGUACGGGCCCAUGGUCAACGGCACCCCCGAGAAGCAGUAGGACACGGGG